GUCAAAGAGUAUUCGAAAGUUCAUGAAUUGGUAGUCUUACUAGUGGGGAUCAAGCAAAAAUGCAUAAAAACUUUGAGGAUAUUACCAAUGAUAAGGUGUACAUGACAUAUGUACAAGCAAUGUAUGGUGGGGGUGGUUGGCCCCUAAGUGUCUUUCUUUCUCCCGAUCUAAAGCCUUUAAUGGGUGGGACUUACUUUCCUCCAGAUGAUAAAUAUGGCAGACCUGGCUUUAAAACUAUACUUAGGAAGGUCAAAGAAGCUUGGGACACAAAAAGAGAUGUGCUAAUCCAAAGUGGGGCAUUUGCUAUAGAGCAACUUUCAGAAGCAUUAUCUGCUAAUGCAAGAUCAGAGAAGCUACCACAAGGGCUACUAGAAAAGGCAUUGCAAAAAUGUGCUGAGCAGCUUUCUGAAAGCUUCGAUUCGGAGUAUGGUGGAUUUGGGUCUGCACCAAAAUUCCCCAGACCGGUUGAAAUCCAGCUAAUGCUUUACCGUUCAAAGAGGUUGAGGGAGAAUGGUAUGUCAGGUGAAGCAAGGGAAGAUCUAAGUAUGGUGGUGAUGACCUUACAGGGCAUUGCAAGGGGUGGUAUUCAUGAUCACAUCGGAGGCGGUUUUCACAGAUACAGUGUGGAUGAAUGUUGGCAUGUACCACACUUUGAGAAAAUGUUGUAUGACCAAGGGCAACUUGCCAAUGUUUACUUGGAUGCUUUUUCUAUCACGAAAGAUGCUGUCUACUCAAAUAUGUCUCGAGAUAUUCUUGAUUAUCUGAGAAGAGAGAUGAUUGGCCCUAAUGGAGAAAUAUUUUCGGCGGAGGAUGCUGAUAGUGCAGAAUAUGAAAGUGCAUUAAGAAAAAAGGAGGGUGCUUUCUAUAUUUGGACAAGUCGAGAGAUUGAAGAGCUUCUUGGAGAGCAUGCUCCUCUUUUUAAAGAGCAUUACUACAUUAAAGCAUCAGGAAACUGUGACCUCUCAAGGAGGAGUGAUCCCCAUAAUGAGUUCAGGGAUAAGAAUGUGCUUAUAGAGAGACACAGUGUUUCUGAAAUGGCAGCAAAGUUUGAUAUGACUGUAGAUGAGUAUCUGAAGAUCUUGGGAAAAUGUCGGAAGAAACUUUUUGAUAAGAGAGCAAAACGGCCAAGGCCAUGUUUGGAUGAUAAGGUCAUUGUUUCUUGGAAUGGACUUGCAAUUUCAUCAUUUGCUAGAGCAUCUCAAAUCCUGAAGAGUGAGCCAGAAGGAACAAAGUUUUACUUUCCUGUAGUUGGUAGUCAUCCUAGGGAAUACAUGGAUGUUGCAGAAAAGGCGGCUUCAUUUAUCAGAAAGCAUCUUUACAACCAGCAAACUGGCAAGCUGCAACACAGCUACAGAAAUGGCCCAUCUAAAGCACCUGGGUUCCUUGAUGAUUAUGCCUUCCUGAUAUCUGGACUUUUGGAUCUAUAUGAGUUUGGCGGUUCAAUAUUCUGGUUGGCAUGGGCAAUUGAGUUGCAGCGUAUGCAAGAUGAACUAUUCCUUGACAAAGAGGGAGGAGCUUACUUUAAUAACCCAGGGGAGGAUCCAUCUGUUCUUCUCCGCUUGAAAGAAGACCAUGAUGGUGCAGAACCAUCUGGGAACUCUGUUUCGGCAAUUAAUCUAGUCAGGUUGGCUUCUUUGGUUUCUAAUGGAUCUAAUCACUACAGGGACACUUCAGAACGUCUAUUGGCUGUCUUUGAGAAGAGGUUGAACGAAACGGCAGUGGGCGUGCCACUUAUGUGUUGUGCUGCAGAUAUGCUGCUUUCUAUCUCUCCGAGGAGGAAGCAGGUUGUCCUUGUUGGUCACAAGUUGUCACCAGAGUUUGACCGCAUGUUGGCUGCUGCACAUGCAUCAUAUGAUCCCAACAAAACAGUGAUUCACAUAGACCCAAGCGACUCGGAUGAAUUGCGAUUCUGGGAGGAAAACAACGAGAAGAUAGCCACAAUGGCGAAAACCAAUUUUGUUGUUAGGGACAAGGUUGUGGCUCUGGUGUGCCAGAAUUUUGCUUGCAGUCCUCCAGUUUACGAUGCUAAAGCUCUUGAAUCUUUGCUCUUGAAAUGACCUAGCAUAUUGUCUUUGAUGACAGUAGGAAGCUAUAGUUGAAGAGGAUGCAGAUAUACUGGUAAAGUACAAACUUGUGUGUGUCUGUAAAAGGAUAAAUCAAGGAGGAUUUACAUCAGAAAAACCUGUUUGUGCAAAUUUCUUGUGAUAACCUGUGGCCAAUGUAUUUCAUGAUUUCUAUUUAUUAUAAUGUACUGUAUUUUUUAUAUCUUCGUUAUUACAAGUCAACUUGUUUUUUGACUGUGUAGAGCUGGUCAUUUGUGAACAACCAUAGACCUAACAAAAUAGGGUCAGGUCC